AACCCUUCUCGGGGUUCCGUUCUUCCUGCGCUGAACGUCGUUCGCGAUGGCCGAGUACCCUAAGAGUGGGACGACUCACACGUUGUUCGGCUUCGGUGACGGCUUCGACUGGCGGCGCACGUCUUUCUUGGAGCCCUUGCCUCCCGAGAUGGUUUGCAGCUACUGUGGGCUCGUUUGCAAAUGGACGGCGCAGCUGCCGUGCUUGCACACUGCCUGCACUCGCUGCUACAGGAAAUUCGAGCGAAGAGGUGACACCUGCGUGCUGGACGGAAGGUGCUUCACGGAACGCCAAGUCUCCUGGGCGGCCCUCUCCGAGGAACGACUGGCGCAGCUAAGCAUUCGCUGCUGGAAUGUCACCAGUGGCUGUGGAGUCACCGGACCUGCAUUCUACAUAUUAAACCAUUUCCUAAGGGACUGUGAGUACCACGUGAUCAAGUGCAGUUUCUGCAGCAAGACUGCGCUGCUGCGGGAUCUGGAUCAGCACUUGGCGUCAAGCUGCCUUCAAGCUUUCCGGAUGAACGAUGCGCUCACACAUGAAGCUGAGACGGAUUCGACGAGCACGUCAUCCGUUGUGUCGGAUUCCGUGGAGGAGAAUGUGCCGUCAACCGGACCGUCAUCGCAUGACAGUGACAGUAGCCUAAAUAUGCGAGAUCGAAGACCUUCAAUAAAUGUGCUUAACGAAAGGUUAAGGAAGGAACACAUAGUCCCUGUGUUUUAUAAAUCCAACGAAGCAAGCUCUAGGAAAGCCCGAGACUCCGUGGUAGUGGUCGCGGUUAGCGUGGAGGAUGGUGCUGACCAUUCGCGCCGAACGGGCGAGGUUCCUCGUGAAGGUCAAUUCGAAGCGAGGGAGCCUUGCACGCGAGCGAACAGUUCUUGUAUAAAUGGAAGUGACGACGAUGCCGAGGAGCUCGAACGACGCGUCUCUUCAGACAGCACCAGUGAGGCAGAAAACCUGGGUGUAGUUCCUGUUUGCCUUACCGAAGAUCCCUUGUACGCCAGCGGGGAAGCAUUAGGACACUAUCUACGCCUUCUGUGGGAAAGCAUCUCGACUACGAAAGAACGGCACUGCCACCGCGUUUGCGAGGCACAGCGUACGCCGUCCCAGUGUGGUACGAGUCCUAGAAUAGAAUCUGUCGAUGUAAUUAACACGCUGACAGUGCUGACGAAUGGGACAGCAAGCAUACAAAUCCAGCCAACAUCCCCUGGAGAUCACCCUGAAAACACUGGUGAAGAGAAACGCGGCGUUUCCAAAGUUGGAGAGACAUCGGUGCUAAGCGAAGGCGCGGACUCAAUCGAAAGCACAGUUGAUUGUAAUAGCAGCGUGCUACCAUUAUCUGUGCUUUUACAUCGGGACUGGCUGCAUGAAAACCACCUAAUUACAGCCGAAACAUUGAAAGAAUUCUUCGACGGCAUCUCCAAAGAGGGGCCUUCUCAAGGCACACCCAAGUUAGAACGUUCUAUGAAGUUGCUGCCCAAGACGCAGGAGUGCAUUAACGGCUCGACCGAGGAGGGCAACGACGUGGAGGAGGUGUCGCGAGGUACUACCAACAACAAAACAGCGGUCGUGAACGGGCAUAGCGGGAGUGCACCGGAUGAACUGGUUAAUGGAAAAGCUACAAUACUCGCCUCUGUCACGCCCAGUCGCCUGCAGGCUGCCCUGAGAUUUUCGAAGCCUCUUCUCUGGAGCAUCGAAGACUGGUCCGGCCUGGAGGCCAUAGCAAGGGACGAGGGUGAAGCCUGCGCGCGCUGCUACAACGAUACCUACCUGUUCUACGGUUACGACAUCACUCCAGCGCUGCAUAUUAAAAAAUUAGCGGGUUCACUUUAUGUGCGCCUCGCGUUUUUCGUGAUCAGAGGAGCAUUCGACGAUUUGCUCCCGUGGCCCAUACAGAAAGUGAUGGAGUUGACCUUUAUGCCCCCCUCAGAUAAGAGUUCGCGGCUCAAGCUGACUUUGAACACGACCGCUAACGGACGAAGCGAGGACUACAUGGCGCCGCAGAACAACGAGACAGGCCCCAUACUAAGCAUGGAAAGCAUCACAGUGGAGGAAUUGAAGACGAAGGGUCUCAUCGUAGACAAUAAAGUUGUGUUGAAAUUUGAAGUAAUGGAGGUGCCCAGCAGCAGUUGA